GCGCACGUGUUGGCAACAGCAGUCUAACUGGCAUUCACGUGCUUCGUCGUAGAAUAUUCAUAUUCUAAUUUAAUAGAAGCCGAUAAAGUGACAUUUCAUAUUGUAGAUCAUAUAAUAACCACUAAAUUUUGCUUUGUUGCACGACGUGACGUUAUUACGUAAUUAACGAGACAUAACACGAGUGAAAUGGAGAUUCCCAUCGUUACAACAGCUUUUAUCGCAUGAUUAAAUAGGGAAUAAGAAGCUUAAGGGACAUUCGCAGAUUUUUGUUGCUGUUGGCGGCAGUAACGAGCACAAAUGCAUUAAAAUGUUCCAGACUCAUAGAAGGCACGACUAUGCCUCGUUCCAAUGCCGAUGGAAAAUACCAUUUAUUCAUCACUCUCUUCAAUCGAACAGAAAUGGUUUUCUCCUAUAUGCCAAAUACCAGAUACAGUGUGACUGUGCAAGCAGAUAGAAUGGGCAUUAUACCGCGGAAAUUUACGAGAUUCUUGAUUUCCUCUGAGCCUGAAAGCGAAGAAGACACGGCAGAAAGUGGCAUCUUUGAUCUCCAAGAUGAUUUGUUAACGAAAUAUUCGGAAAAUUGUCCGAAUACCGUGGUAGAAAUGUCGAUGGUGUCUAAAGAAGAAAUUUCCGUGGCCUGGACCAGUCCUUCCGAAGGUAGCGGUUGCAUAUUUAUCAGGGCGACAAUAUUGGAAACGCCUGAUACAUGGUAUAUGGACGAUCCGAAUUUAGUCCUAAAGAUAUGUCAAGACUCGAAAGCUGAGGCGGACAACCAAGGACCAGUUCUGAAUGAAUGCUGUGCCUGCGACGAAGCGAAGUACGAAGUUACUUUCGAGGGACUUUGGUCUAGAAAUACUCAUCCCAAGGAUUUUCCUAGCAAAGGAUGGAUCAUUCGAUUUUCAGAUGUCAUUGGAGCAUCACAUACAGUAGAUUAUAGAUUUUGGGAAUACAAUGGCAUGGCUACUACUGGUUUGCAACAAGUGGCCGAAUUUGGACUAACCAGAAAAUUAGAAUCUGAAUUAAAGAAUCAAAGUGAUCAUAUUAGGACUAUAAUCAAAGCCAGAGGAAUAAGUUAUCCCAAUGUUACUGGUAAAACUUUUGCAGUCUUCCGCGUUGACCGAAAACAUCAUCUUAUGUCUUUGGUGUCUAUGAUUGAUCCUUCACCGGAUUGGAUAGUCGGAGUUUCAGGUUUGGAGUUGUGUCUAAGUAAUUGUUCGUGGAUUGAACAUAAAGAACUUAAUUUAUAUCCAUAUGACGCGGGCACUGAUAAUGGGAUCACGUACUUGUCACCAGAUUCACCAACAGAGCCACAAGAACCCAUUCAUCGAAUAACUUCGAGUUAUCCCAACGAUUCGAGAUCUCCGUUUUAUGAUCCUUCUGGCUUAGAUAUGAAGCCUCUUGCCAGGCUUUAUUUGAAUCGACAAAGACUUUAUGAGAAAACCUGUAAGAAUAUUUCAGAAGAUGCAAUGAACACAGAAGCCUGUAAAGUGACACCAUGGAACCCUUGGGAGGCUUGUUCUGUGACAUGCGGUCGAGGCAACCGUCUUAGACAAAGAUUCUACGAGGACAAAGCUGCUGCGACGCAGAACAAGUGCAACGUCACUCUAACUGACAGGGCGAAGUGCCAGGGAGAGAGCCCUCACUGCAACAAUAGAGGACGAGAUGCAAGUAUUCUGAAAACAGAGAAAUGCGCAUUACAUGAAUGGAGUAAUUGGAGUUUCUGCAGUGCGACCUGCGGAGAUAGCCACAAGACAAGAUCACGGAAUUUCAAGUACAAGAAGCAUCUUAAAGAGUGCAAAUCAAUCCCUGACGGACCGGUACUUCAACAAACAAUUGCUUGCGAAAACGUUCCGUGUCCUGAUAUGGAUAAGGACGAGGUAAGCGACUCGGCUAAUCAGGAAGAGGAAAAUGAGAAUAAUGAUGAUGAACAAGACAAUGAUAAUGAAGAAGAUUACGAGGGAGAGGCACCGGUGAUGGAGGUAACUGAGAAAUGGCAGCAGAAUUGCCCAGAAGAACGUUAUACCCAAUGGUCCUUAUGGUCUCCCUGCAGUUCUACCUGCGGCCCUGGCAUACAAUUAAGAUUCAGACUCGUGAAAGAGGGAAAUAUAGGGAGCUAUGACGAGAAUUUAAAUCGUGAAGAGUGUAAACGACAACAGGCUACAUGUGUAGCUAGCAUUCCAACAUGUAAUAUUACAAAAGAAGAAGCAGAAAAGAUCUGCAAUGAACCAAUGAAGAAAGGACGAUGCAAUAGUAACAUCAUACGUGUAUAUUUUGAUAAACAAACUGGUCAAUGUCGUAGAUUUAGUUAUUCCGGCUGCGAUGGAAAUCGAAAUAAUUUCGAAACUGAAAAAUAUUGCAAUGAAAUUUGCGGUGAUUUUCAGAGAGAGUCAAGGGGAAAUAUAUCGACUAUGACAAAAAAUUAUAAGGUAUCUCUCAGCAGUGUUCUCAGUUAUCAUAUACCUGUGCAGGGACAACGCAGCAUGAAGACAAAGCGAGCUCAUCAUGAGAAAUUAAAAUUCAAAGGAAUACAACCAGAUAGUCAAGUGAUAGAAUCAUCUAAUAUUGUGAAAGAUAUCGAUUGUCAAAUAUCCAAUUGGAGUAAUUGGUCUGCAUGUGCAGGAUGUCGUGGGUACACUGAAAGUACAAGACAAAUUCAGGUAUAUUCUAAAGGCAAUGGUAAGAAAUGUCCGCAAAAAUUGCAUCGCAAAAGAAAAUGUCAUAAAAUUCCACCUUGUUCUUUACAAAGUGAUGAAUUAAGACGACGUAUAUAUCGUGAUCGAUAUUCGGGAAAAGAAGAAAAUCAAAUUUCAGUUGAUUGCAAAAUGACACAAUGGUCUAAUUGGUCACAUUGUACAGCAAGUUGUGGAAAAGCAUCACAAUACAGAACAAGAACAGUCAAAAUUCAAUCUAUUGGUCCAAAAAGCAAACCAUGUUCUCAUAUGAUAGAAAAUAGGAAAUGUCAUACAACAGAAUGUCCAUAAUAAUAUUUAUCCAUUUUUAUUUUAUUAUUUAUUUUAAAACAUAUUUCAAUUUAAAAUUUUACUUAUGUAUCAUUAAAUCAAGCACAAUAAUGAAAUAAAUAUAAUAUGAAAUAAA